CACUUGUGGGGCACACUAGGACUGCAUGGGGGUGUCCCGCAACUUCCGGCAUCUACUUCCUGCUGCCCUUCACUGCAGGUGCUUGAUUCUCAAAUAGGAAGCCACAACCAACACCACAAAGUUUGACUGCCAUCACAUUUACAUUGAAGUAGAUCCCAUGGAACGUGCCCGUGCCAUAUAUUGCGCUCUCCCCAUACAUUCCAUACACUCCCCCUACUAAUGGACACAAACGCGAAAUCGUUUUAACUUUUUAACCUGCUGCCAUAAUUUCCAUAAUAAUUGCUUUGCGUUUGCCAUUGAAAUGUACUAAUUCUAAUCAAUAACUCUCCGUGCAGUGGAGCGAGCCACCCAACCCCCUCCCACUAGCCAGGUGGAAGCCACCAUACCCACACUGUGGUCAUAAUUAUACACGUCGACUGUUGUCGGCGCUGUCGUUGUUUUUGUUUGCAGUAAAAGACGUUGCCGGGGGCUCUCAUAAAGCCGUCAAACAUAGCAGGACACGGGGACCUCUCUGCACGGAAACGAAAAAUCCAAUAAACUAAAUGUAUGUGUGAAUACUUUUUGAGGCUUGCGUGCCGUCGUCGCCGUCGUCUUGGCUAACUUUAGUUUACAUUCGACCCUCGUGCAUGGAAGUAGCCGCCUUUAAACAAUGUCCAAUUUCAGUACGAAGCAGCAACUGAAUCCCCGUGCCAAUGUCUUCAUUUUGGUCAACCUGGGCUGCGAGAUGCUCUAUGUGAUUGAUCAGCGGCUGAAGGCGCAACAAAUCGCCAAGGACAAGUCGGUACAAGUUAUUCACGAUGUGACUGCAGUGCUGCUGGAUCCCAAGUUCAUCGACUCCCUGCUGAACGGCUCCAAACACAAUAAUGCACAGCUGCUGACCGCCGAGCACUGCAAAUUCAUGCUGAACGAUAUAGCCACCUGUUCCGUGAUGCGCAUCGACGAGCAGUCCAUGGGCAAGCUGUGGAAUCUGAUGACCAUGCUGUACAAGUGGCAGCUAUUUGUGUCCCGGCACCAGCACCACUUGCUCGAGAUAACCUUCCGGCACCUGGACGCCAUUAAUCAGCUGUAUCCGGAUGCCAAGCGCCACAUGCUGAUUGACUUUACCAAGAACACUCUGCUGGACUUUUGGAACGCCAGCGGGGAGGAGGCGCAGCUGUCCAUUUACAAUACCAACAAGUCCUGGUUGGAGUGCUUCAAUACGAAAAUAUCGCUGCUGAUUCGGCUAGGUUUCCAGGGCAUGGACGGCGGCUUUUUCAAGGACGUGGAUCAGGAUUACUUCGGCGACUAUGUCCAGACCAUUGGUGACAACAUGUACGUGAAGAGUGAGGAGCCACAUCCGCAGAGGGAGCGGGAGCCCAACCGAAUGGACCAACUGGCUGCCCAGCUGAACAUCAAUCCACUGCCUGCAGGCGAGGAUUUGCAGCCCAUAAACGCCCGCCAAUUCCAGGAGCAAUUUGACCAGACAUUUGGCAAUGUUCUGUUCGAUGAGGGACAUUCAGCAGCCACAGGUUGCGAGUUUGUACAGCUGCAGCCGGCUGGGGCAAAAACGGAAGCCCACAGCCGGGCUGGUGGCGACUCCAUACUCAAUCAGAAUCUCAUCGACUUGUACAGCAAGAUGGCUUAAAAAUUACUUCAACGGGGAGGUUAUUUACAAUUAAAAAAUAUUGUAUUUCUCAUUUAAUGGGUGUUUUGUUUUGUAAAUUAAUUAUAAAAACUUGUUGCGGCUGUUGUAUGGAUUCUGUUUGUAUCUCUUUUAGCUUGCUUUGAGUGAAUCUUUUCGUCAAAGAUAAAUAUAAAUCAACAAUUGAAAUUUUGAGCUUGCGACAACUGUGACUGUGACUGCGAUUGUGGUGUAUGUUGUGUUGUGUGGUUGUUUGUUGUGGUGCAAAAGUUAAAUAGAACCAAGGAUAUUUCGGUCGAAAUGUACAAUUACAAAUUACAAUAAAAGU